AGAUAGAACACCAAAUUCCGCCAUUGUUGAAAGGUGAAAUGCACAGAAGCUUAUAAGAUAAGCUGAAAUUCACAUCAAUUGGGAGGAAAUUGUGGGGGAAAAAAAUGGAAAGUUAGGCAAAAACAAUGGAAAAUCACAAACUUAGGUGCAAUAAAUCCCAACCCCAAAGAACAUAAAAGGCUGUUUUCCUCUCUUUUUGCCUUUUUUUUCUCUCCCAAAUCUCUCUGUGAUGCAAACACUUGUCCUUCUCCUUCCCCUUUUGCCCAAAAAAGCUAUUCCCUCCUUUCAAUUUCGAUCUCUCUAAAUCCGUUCAUUGUUCUUUAUAAUUCCCUCCUUGUUUCUUACACCAACACCAUUGUUCUGCUCCAAUCACAGAGAACGGCAGGGUCUUGGUCCAAACUUUAACAGCUUGGGGUUGUCAUUUGGUGCCUUGAUCUUAUCAAAAGACUAGCAAAUAAGCUAGACCCUGCCGUCAAGAAUGAUAUAUAGAAACUAGAGUUGAUAUCAAUCCAUGAUAAGAUCUUGUGAUGGGGUCUAUGAACAUGGAGAGGAAAUGGAUGUUUCCUCUCGUGUUAAGCUCUCUCAUGUUCAUAUUUCUUCUUGUCACCUUAUUCAACCUUGGUCUUGUCUCCUCACUUUACACAAUCAAUUCAUUUUUCGCAAUCUUUCCCGCUCAAAUGAUGACUAUAAACAACACGGGUGCCGUUUUUGCUGAAUCAAAGAUCGUUCGACCUUCACCUCUUAACGAACCAACGAUCCCUCGUUUUGCUUAUUUGAUUUCUGGAUCAAAGGGUGACUUGGAAAAGCUAUGGAGACUCCUUAAAGCAUUGUAUCACCCUUUGAAUCAAUAUGUUGUCCACUUAGACCUCGAGUCACCGGCGGAGGAACGUUUGGAAUUGGCCUCCCGAGUCAGAAACGAGUCGCUUUUUGUUGAAGUUCAGAAUGUUUUCAUGAUCAGCAAGGCUAAUAUGGUUACUUAUAGAGGACCCACCAUGGUGGCUAAUACUCUUCAUGCUUGUGCCAUCCUUCUUAAGAGGAGUAGGGACUGGGAUUGGUUCAUCAACCUCAGUGCUUCUGAUUAUCCUCUUGUGACUCAAGAUGAUCUUCUCUAUACGUUCAAAAAUUUGGAUCGAAACUUGAAUUUUCUUGAGCAUACAAGCCAGUUGGGGUGGAAAGAGGAAAAACGAGCAAUGCCGUUAAUCAUAGAUCCCGGUCUGUAUUCGAAGACCAAAUCGGAUAUUUUUGACGUCAAUCCAUCUCGAACUUUGCCUACUGCAUUUAAAUUGUUUACUGGUUCGGCAUGGAUGGUUCUAUCUCGUACGUUUGUGGAAUACAUCAUUUGGGGUUGGGAUAAUCUUCCAAGAACUCUUCUCAUGUACUACAGUAAUUUUGUGUCCUCUCCUGAAGGUUAUUUUCACACUGUUAUAUGCAAUGUGCCCGAGUUCGCUACUACAGCAGUGAACCACGACUUACACUACAUCUCUUGGGACAACCCCCCGAAACAGCAUCCACACACGCUAACUCUUAACGACACAGAGAAUAUAUUCACAAGCAAUGCUGCCUUUGCUCGGAAGUUCAAACAAGAUGAUCCCGUGCUAGAUCGAAUCGACAAGGAUUUGCUUGGUCGAAAGAAAGGAGACUUCACUCCUGGUGGUUGGUGUGCAGGCCACCCUAAGUGUUCGACAGUCGGUAACCCGAAUAAACUCAAACCAGGCGAAGGAGCUCAACGGCUUCAUCGUCUCAUAGCUAGACUGGUUUUGGCCAGUAGGUCUGGGGAAAACCAGUGUAAAUGAAUUUUGUACAAGUAAAACUCGAGAAGGCAGAAGCAGAGAAGGGGAGACAGCUAUAUCCCGGGUUCGUUCGAGCAUCAACUCGAAGAACGGUGCAUUGCUGAAGUACAGGGAGCAGAAUUAUACAGACCAUGGCUACAGCAAACAUUAUAAACUAAAGGUUAGCACCAAUAGUAGCAUUAAAUGCAUUUUUCCACAGGUUGGGAUCAUUAGAGCUUGAGCUCUACUGUUUAUGUAAAAACUUUAUCCCAUACCCUUUGUAUACAUGGCUUCAUUUUUUUUCCCCUUUAUAGUAUAUGCUUUCUUAUUUAGAUAUUGCAAGUCAGUUGAUUGUCCAAACUGCCCUUGUAUUUUGAAUGGGAAACGAAUCGAAUAAAUGAAACCUCGGACACUUUAUGGUCA